GGCUGGUCUCGGUCGUCGCGAGAGGAGGCCGCUGGGGGCGGUGCGUGUGCGCGGACAAACGGAAGUGUAGGUGACGGUUCAGACUUCGCCGCCAAGCUGGGAACCGGGGAGAUGGCCGAGACUGACCCCAAGACCGUGCAGGAUCUCACCUCGGUGGUGCAGACACUCCUGCAACAGAUGCAAGAUAAAUUUCAGACCAUGUCCGACCAGAUCAUUGGAAGAAUUGAUGACAUGAGCAGUCGCAUUGACGACCUGGAGAAAAACAUUGCAGACCUCAUGACACAGGCUGGGGUGGAAGAGCUGGAGGGUGAAAACAAGAUCCCUGCCACACCAAAGAGUUGAAGGCGGCUAAUUCACACCGAAGUCCGGAACACCAUUUUUACAAGCCGAGAGAAGACCGAAUGGCUUUUUGAAGCAACUGCUGUGUGUAGACAGGUUUUCUAUCCUAAAGCGUGCGUUCUUCUUACCACAUACUAUAUAGUUAGUCUAUAGAGUGAUUCUCCCCCCAGUUUCUUGAACAUGGUAACUCCACAUGUUGGACCUUGCUUGGUCAGUCGUGCUGUUAAAUAUUAAACACUAAAACUUUGGCGGUUCCUGCAUAAAAUUGUCAACUUUUUUAGUGUAUUUUUGUGAAGUUGUUGUUUUCUGUCAUUCCUUUUGUAGUAGUUGCUGUUUGAUGAAAGUUGCUGUGUAAUUUUUUAUUAAACAUCCAGUAGACCCUUCAGUUAUAAGUAGACUUUGUGAAGUAGGACAUUUGGCAGGUCGAGGGCUCUUUAAUUCUCAGUACAGAGUGUCGAGCCAACACCAGAUAGCAUGUUGCUGAUACUUUUCAGAUGGUUAAAAAAAAACAUUUAAAAAUUGUUGAUUGAGCCAUCUCUGGCGCUACCCGGUUGCCAGAACUCAGCACUGACCCGCAGUGUCCCGUGUUGAGUCUCUGAGGCCAGAGGCUGAUGAGUAACCACUGCCGCGCGCGAGAAUUGUUAAAUUCGCAAAGUGACAGAACCGCCUUGUGUACCGACGUGCUCGUUAGUUAGAGUUUUGCAUGAGAUUUGAAUACUUGAGUAGGCCCCUGUGCUGUUCAUCUACGGUCGUCACCACAGAAAAUCUGGCAGGAUUUUACAACCCAGUUCGCCGUCUUGUCUGGGAGCUACUGCUUGGGAAAAGGAACCGAACAGGAAAACAGACCAGGGGAGUCCGUGCCGGUUGCUUGGCUAGAAAAACGAUAAAUGACUUUUAAUCGGC